AUGCAGAGUUUUAGCUUUAGGGAGAAGAAGAAGAGUUAAUUUUAUGGGUUUUAGUUAGGUCUUGAUGGCUCGGAACUACUUGAUUCUCUUUCUGAAUCGUAAUUUCUCCACCAAAAGCCCUCGUUUUCGUUCUCAUUCUCAAAUUUCUAGGCUAUCUUGUUUAUGGAGAAAUGGAAAGUACUUCUCGACGUCUAUUCAAACAGAAAAUGAUUUAAAAAAUCUAUCUGAACCAAAAUCAAGUCUAUCAGCUCGUAUGAGUUUUGUAUUUGAUCAAAUUGAUGCGAUUGAGAAAGAAAGAAACAAUAAGGAUGAAGCCUUACAAAGGAUUCGUUCAUGGAGAGACACCAAGAAAGAUGAACUUAAAAAUGAAAAUGAAAAGGAAAGACAUACACCUAACAUGUUCGAUGAAAUGUCUCAGACAAGAGUUAAUAGUUUAGAUGACAAUGAAUUGCUGGGUAUGGAGGAGGAGAAGAAGAAGAAGGAGAAAGCGAAUAUGAUUAAGAAAGAGAUUGAAAUAGUUCAUCCAUGGCCAGAAUGGAUUGAAUUAAUGGAAAGAUUAAUACAACAGAAGUACUUUGAUCGUAACAGUAAUGAAGAUGAGGAUAAGAUUGCUCAAGAGGACGUGGCGAUUGAAGUCGAGGAUGGUUUUGAUUUUACCAGGGAUUUGACAACUGUUCGUAAUGCUUUUGUUAAAUUUGGUCGAGAUCGCUUUGAUAUCUUAAAGUCAUUGUCGAGGCAGGAUAUUCAAAAUCUUGUUGGGUAUGGAUGUCCUAGUGUAGACACUAAAGUCGUCUUCUCCGCGAAAACAUUGAGGAAACAUGUCCACCUGGAUGAAGGAGAUGUCUGUAGUUCAUGCAGUUUGAGAAGUACCUGCCCUAAAGCGUAUUUGGUGCCAAGUAGAGAGGAUGAAGCACGGACUGUUGAUGUAAUACGUGUCUUAUUCACAUAUGGAUUUGAUGCUAUUCAUGAAUCAGUUCUCAAUAAACCUCUUCGAAAAAUGAAAUCUGUGAAAACAGUAGUCCGCAAGUUGCUUCAUGAGGUUGUCAAGCUCAGUGCUGUUCCAAUAGAUCCAAAUCUUCCACCGCCUGUAUUCAAGAAGCCACCACCCAAAGUAAAGCAACCGCCGCCUACACCAAAGAAACGAGUAGGACGUGAUGACAUUGAGAUGAAAAAGGGAGACUGGCUAUGUCAAAAGUGUGACUUUAUGAAUUUUGCAAAGAACAGUGUGUGCUUGCAAUGUGAUGCGAAGCGCCCAAAGAGACAGCUGCUCCCAGGAGAGUGGGAAUGUCCAGGGUGCAACUUCCUGAAUUAUAGGCGAAAUAUGGCAUGCUUUCAUUGUGAUCACCAACGGCCACCUGAUGAAUUUACGAAUAACCAAUCACGAACAAGGUCACAUGAUCCCAGGACAAGUUUGGAGAAGGUCUCAAGCUUGCCUGGGGGUUCCAAUGCCUGGAAUUUUGACUUCGAUGACAACGAGUCUGAUGGUGCAGAUGUUGCUGCAUUUGAGUAUGCAGAUUCUCCUAGAAGGAGAGAGGAUUCUUCUUUAUUGAGUGAGGAAGGAGGAAGGUUGUCAGAUUUUGAAGAUGAUUCUUCUCGGACCAACAGGAUAUCAAGAGCCCAUGAAAGAGAUAGACACCCAGAUCGUGGUGAAAGGAAGCUUCCUACUGGAUUUGAUGACUUUGCUGAUGAAGAAGAUGAUGAUAUUAAUAGUUAUGAGCUAGUAACAGAAGGUAAUAGCAUCAUGCACAAGGCUUCUUUGAAAGAUCUUUCUGACGUUGAAGGAUACUCCGAGUCUGAAGAUUUUGAUGACUCUCAUGUUCGUUUACGUGCUCGGGGUAGAGGAACUCCCCCCUCACGUUCUCAAGAUCCAGGGCAUGAUUUAGCUUCUGAAGAUGAAGACUCGGAUCGUUCUAACUGGAAUCGCAGUCAUAUAGAGAAGUCAAGAAACAGAUAUAGAGGUGGAAGCAGUAGUGGUCCGUAUAGGGGACUUAAAUUUGUAUCAGACGAUGAAUUUGAAGGGGAUUCCAACUCUGAUAAUGAUAGGAAGCAAGGAUUUGGCCCCAGCCACAGACAGAGAAGUAAAUGGAGUUCAGAUAAAAGGGGUCUUAAAAGGGUAGGAAGUUCUGAUUCUGAAGAUGAGUUUGAUUUUGGCUCAGAAUCUGAUGAUAAUGACGAACAUCCAAGAAACAAGUUUAGUGGAAAAGAACCAGGCCCUGUUAGGAGAGAAAAUCUUACCAAGGGUCGUGACCAGUUUGAUUCAGGAAACAAUCAUACACGUUUCAGAUCCAAUGGAAUGAAUGACAGGAGGGAUUCAUUUGGCAAUGCUGAUACCGAUAGAUCAUUUCUUGGUUCUCAUAAGAACAACAGGGGAUCUCGUGGAGAUGGGUAUGGUGAAAGACAAAUGGACGACAGACAUGGAAAUGUGCAGAAGUUCGAUCGGGAUGGUGGAAAUGGUAAUGGAUAUCGGGGAUCUCAGGGAGACGGCGGAAUGAACGACAGACGGGCCAAAGUACAGAAGUUUGAUAGUGGUGGUGGAAACGAGUAUGGUAGAAGACGAAUGAAUGAUAGACAAGGAAAUAUGCAGAAUCUCAAUAGGGGUGAUGGAAAUGGAUAUCAGCAGCGUGGAAGACCUAAGGAGUUCAAUGAUCGGUCAGAGACGAGGAAUGAUUUUGGCGAUGAUAGACCUAGGAAGCGGAUAAUUGAAAGAUGACGGCGAGCUAAUGAUAAUUGGAACUUUCAGCUAUAUGGCUAGUUUGUAGUACUCAAUUUGAACCAUAAAAUUUCAAUUGUAGAGGCAUUGUCUUGUGGGAUAACAAAUUGGAAAUUUGGUGAUUGGUGCCACAAUGAAGGCAACCAAACAACAAACUGCAUACGCCAGCUAUCAGGUGCAGCUUAUUGGACUGGGGGAUCUUCAGUUUGGAUAUUUUCUUUCUUUCUUUUUUAUGGUCAAAGACUGUUAUUACUUGUACUUUGACUAGGCUGAAGUUUCUUCCGCCCCCAUACUAUUGGGGAUGGAUAUGGAUAUCAGCAGCGUGCAAGACCCAAGGAGUUCAAUGAUCGGUCAGAGACUCAGAGAUGAGGAGAUUUUGGUGAAGAUAGACUUAGGAAGCGGAUAAUUGAAAGAUGAUGGUCAGCUAGAGAUAAUUGGAAAUUUUAUCUAUAAUCUAUAUGGCUAAUUUGUAAUACUCAAUUUGAACCAUAAGUUCCAUUUUUAGAGGCUUUGUCUUUAGGGAUAACCAAAUUAGAAAUUUGGUGUGCCACAAUAAAAUUUGUAGCCAUCAGGUGCUGCGGACUGGGGAUGAAAUUUUCUUUAUUUUUCUUGGUCAGAGUCAAAGACUACUAUUACUACUACUUUGACUAGGCUGAAGUUUCUUCUGCUCCCAUACAGUAACUUCCAGGACCGUCUAGACUCUGAAUCUCUGAUUAAUAUUCCGCGUUCUUCCCCACACGCAACUUCUUUCUUUCUUUAUAAAUCCCAAUUUCUCUGUAAUCAAUAGCACAAACAAGACCAGACGCAAAACUCUGUACUGAAUCACAAUAAUUUAUAUAAAUUACUCUUUGGUUUCAUAUCUCUUGAUUCAAAAGGCAGAAAAGAGAUUUAUAAAAAUGAAUUCAAUUUUCAGUUCUUUCGAUGGUGUUUGUUUCGAGUUCUUGCAACAAAAGAUCGGUUCUUUAUCAUCUAUAAAGAAGAAGAAUACAGGAGGGGAAACACCAGAUACCCAGCAGGUUCAGAAACAGAAACAAGAAGAGGAAAGGAGGAGAACAAGUACAAGAAGAUUUGCUCUAGAGUUGGAUGGAUUGAACUGCUUUGAAACCAUUGUUUCUAAUUAAAAGAAGAAAGAAAAAGAAAACAUUCUUUUCUUCUGGGUCUUACUUAAUUUAUUUGUUGAAACUUGUGAUCCAUAAAUCUUUCAAUAUUGAUGUAAAAAAUAUUUCAGAAAUUUUACUUUUUUCUCUU